AUGAAAUUUUCCGAGCGUGUCCUGGAAGCUCGCCUAAGGAAAAUUGUUGGCGUUUCACUCAACCAGUGCAGCUUUGUGAAGGACUGCAGCACUAUAGAUGCUAUCCAUGCUCUCCGUAUCCUCCUGGAGAAACAUCGAGAUGGGAAUCGCAGUGUGCAUCUUGCUUUUCUCGAUCUCGAGAAAGCUUUCGACCGUGUUCCACAUGAGCUGUUAUGGAUGUCCAUGAAGUCGCAUAGAGUACCAGAAGAAUAUGUGCGGUGGACGAAGCUGCUUUAUGCAAAGCCUGCCAGCAUUGUGCGAUGUGCUGCUGGAACAAGCAGGCCAUUCCCUGUACAAGUAGGGGUUCAUCAGGGUUCAUCCCUCUCACCCCUGCUGUUCAUACUGUCCAUGGACACGAUAACGAAGGGAAUCCAGAAGCAGCCAGCACCAGUGGACCCUACUCUUUGCCGACGAUGUCACGCUCGCGUCGGAGUCUCGAGAUGA